AUGGCGUUGCUCAAAGGGAUGCAUUUUAAGUUGUAUCAUUUGAGUAUCGACAUAGAAACGCGAUGGAAAUCUCUUGCCUGUCUUCAUUUGAGUCAGAGUAUUGGAUUCAAUAUAGAACGGAUUGUGGGUUGGUUGCUUCAGAAGCAACUUAUGAAGCGGACGAGCGUACCUCAACCUACAACCCCGUGA